AUGGAAAACAAAAAGAAAACUUUGGACGACCUGCCUACAAACGUAAAACAGUGUAUAAACAACGUUAUUGAAGCGGAAGGACACGCCAAACACGAUGUUUUUGUGAGGAAUAUUUCUACUGGCGGUAAUAACUUUAUGGGUGAAUUAUUUGAGAUUGAUGUGACAAGCGCCGAUAAAGAAACAAAUAUAUUUGUUAAAAAGAUUAUAAAUAACGAAGACUUUAAAGUGUAUUCUAUACAGGAAGUUUAUGAAAAGGAAGCAUUUAUUUACAAUGAACUUAGUGAUAUUUAUACAGAAAUUCAAAAAUUAACCAAAAUCCCGUCGCAUAUUAAAUUUAAAUUCCCCAAAAGUUAUAAAGAGACAAAUGUUAACGCAAUCAUUUUGGAAAAUAUAACAAAACGAGGGUAUAAACAGAAAGAAAGAUUUGACCUGACUUCGCUUGACUUUGGAGAAAGGUCUUUAAAGGAACUUGCGAAAUUCCAUGCCUUGUCGUUUGUUUUGGAGAAACAAAGACCCGGAUACUUCGAGACUAAAAUAAAGACCAUUAAACAAUCGUUUGUUUAUGACGAAUACUGGAACGUACUUGUUAAGAAAAUGUGUGAUGUGUCUAUUGCUGAGUUAAAAGAAAGCGAUAAAGAGCGAGUCAGGCAAUUUAUUACACUUUCCUUAGUUAAGUAUCCACAGUAUAUGACAGGUGGAAAUUGUUCUAUCAAAUGCUUAUGUCAUGGCGAUUAUAAAAUGAAUAAUGUCAUGAUUAAAGAAGAGAAUGGAAAACUAAUUGACGUUCUACCAAUCGACUACCAGCAAAUUUAUUAUGGGAAUCCAAUCAUCGAUCUAAUUUACUUUAUAUACGCAUCAAGCGACAGGCCUUUCAGAAAGCAACAUCUCCAUCACCUGAAAGAAUUCUACUAUAGCGCUUUUAGCGAAUUUCUUAGCAAUUUCGACAUGACUGUACAAAACGUAUACCCAAAGGAAACAUUCGACAAAUGUUUCAACGAGUGCUUAGACUACGCUUUGAUGUUUUCCUUGUAUUUUUAUCCGUUUUUCUAUAUAUCAGAGGAGGACACACGCGAUGGAAAUGACGAUUUAAUGGUCGUCUCGAUAAGAGUGGAUAAAAUAAUGAGAGACAGGAUUCAAGGUAUUGUGGAUGAUUUCGUUGAGUUGGGAAUAAUUUAA